AAGUAGUAUUAUUAUAGUUUUUACUAUCCUAUAUUAAACUUGCUAGCACAAGUUUAAUCUUGGACUCCGGAGCAAGUUCGUGUGGAUACGUUGGAGGCUUCAUACGUUUGGCGCUACGUUCAUCUCCUCAAAACCAUCCCCGACCGUUCCUCCGUUCUUCGUUUUCACCGUUAAGUUAUAUUUGUUGUAAUUUUAAAUACGGCCUGCGUGUCGUGCCUCAUCUCUAUACUCUGGAUGUAAUUCUCUUCUUUACCUCAAAUAUUCUUUUCUCUCGAAAAUUAUAAGAAGAUAAGAAGACGAAGUCCGUUCGUGAUAGAGAAUCCUAAGGAAGACGUGAUGGGCCGGAGAUAGAGAUCUCUUGAUCAAGGCGCUAUCGUUUGUUUUUCUUUAGGAGCCACAAUCAUUUCACGUUUACUUAUUAUGCAUGUGAUGUAUGAUUGAAUGUAUGCAUGUAUGUGAUUUUCGCUAGUGCAUACGCGCGGUGUAUGCCAUAGGCAAGACUGCGUUAUAAAUCCCUCAUAAUUUUAAGUCUGUGCCACCCCGACGCCCCGUCACUCGUCAAACCCAAUUUAGAUCGGUAACGGACUCACCCAAGUGAGACGCCCGGUUUACGUUGGUUAGGCGCGAAACCCGUAACUAGGGUACUGACUCGCCCCGGGUUAGUCUUAACUAAGUCUUGGUCAUAAGGAUGAGAGACUUAGGGCACUGCGGUAGGAUCAAUAAAUAAAAUCAGAUCAUCCAACCAGAGUUUGUGAAUAUCCCUCCCCAUUUAAAAAAAACAACAAUUUUCGGCCAUCCUAUUUUAGAGAGAAGAAAAUUUUAUUUUGUGUUCAAAGUUAUUUUUCUAAUGUGUUAGAAAUAUACACAAAAUAUUAUAAAGAAAUAUUUAUAAGAUAAAUAUUUUUACUAUAUAUUUAUUACUCCAAAGUAGUAUUAUUAUAGUUUUUACUAUCCUAUAUUAAACUUGCUAGCACAAGUUUAAUCUUGGACUCCGGAGCAAGUUCGUGUGGAUACGUUGGAGGCUUCAUACGUUUGGCGCUACGUUCAUCUCCUCAAAACCAUCCCCGACCGUUCCUCCGUUCUUCGUUUUCACCGUUAAGGGCAAAUAUCGCUGCCGGUACUAGUGCCCAGGCAGUCAGGGGUACCAGAUCGGCAUUACAGAGGUACCGCUGGGUGGUACCAAGGAGAGGUUUAUUUUAUUUAAACUUCUAGAGCUGCUGCAGUUUUCGAGAUUGACGCAGAAGAUGAUACAGCACGAUGCUGCAACACAGUGUGCGGGAUCAGAGGGCAUCUCCAAGAAGAAGCUCAUGCUCGAUCUCAACCUCAAGCUCAAGCGCGGCAAGAUCGCCGCCGCCAGAAGGGCCGUCAUCCACCACCUCACCUCCUCCGCCGCCACCGUCUCUCCCGCCUCCGGCGUUGACUUCCCCGACGACCCUUCCGACGCCUUCGAGUUCAGCUGCGACAACAGCCCCGCCCACCGCCGCCCCCCUCACUCCCCCAACUCCAACUACUUGAGCAUUGUCGUCAAGAAGCUGGCCAAGCACCUCCGCCGCGAGGCGGAGGCGCCUCCCGCCUUGGAGGAGGAGGAGGAGGCCGCCGAGGCGACCGCGUCUCCUGCCCUGCCGGGGUUCGGGAGGACUCCGGUGGUCAGGCAGCUGAGGGUGACGGACUCGCCGUUCCAAUCGGGAGACGGCGACGAGUUUUACGGCGACGCCUGCCACGUGGACGAAGCCGCCGAGUUGUUCAUUCGGGAGUUCUACGAGAAUCUGUGGCGGCAGAGUUCUGAGUAAACUAAUUCAGGUUUCGGGUUAGCAAGAAAUAAGAUUGUCGGGUCGGGUCGGGCAGGGUCCAUGGAUUGGACCGGGUCAAUAUAUUUCAGAUCUGAGGAGAAGAAGAUGGACGGCUCAGAUCAUUGGACAGCAUGUGCAUGCGAUCUGUGGUUUGUGGCGUGUUAGGAAAGCCGCACAUUGAUUUUACUUUCUUUUAGGUCCUGCUAGAGCUUUUUAUUUGCAUUUUCUGGAAGUUUCAUUAUGUAUGUAGAAGUGUAGAGCUAUAUAGAAGGUUAAAAAAAGAGAAAUUUACUU